AUGGGCUCCAUCAUCGACAUCCAGCGCGACAUCAUUCUGAACACGAUCCGCAAUGUGGUUAGCCAUGACUGGAAAGUUUUGGUGGUAGACGAGGAGAGCAGGAAAUUGAUCAACAGCGCUGUGAAAGAGGAAGAAAUCUUGAACCUCAACAUCUCCAAUGUCGAACAGAUCGAGCAUCGCCGGCCACCGAAUCCGGACAUGGACGCAAUAUACAUUCUGUCGCCGGAGUCAUGGAUAGUCGACUGUUUGAUGGCUGAUUUCGAAGCCAAGCGAUACAAGAAGGCGUUCUUGGUGUGGACGUCAUUUCUUGACCCGCAACAGCGUGCACGACUGGAUCGAUCCCAAAUGGCGCGGGAUCGCAUCGCCGACUACCGCAUCAUGAACAUUGAUUUUUACCCUCGCGAGUCCCGACUGGUCACUUUCCGUGAUCCAUACAGCUUCCCGGUCUUGUUUCACCCCGGCUGCAACGGCUUAGUCCGGAAUCAUCUUCAAGAGCUGGCUCAGAAGAUCGUCUCGCUUUGCGCCUGCUUGGGCGAGUAUCCAGUGAUCCGUUAUUACCGUCCUCGAACUCCUACCCAUGAAGCCGGUGUCCUAUGCUCCCAUCUCGCCCGAUUUAUUCAAAAUGAAUUAGAUCAGUUUGCACAAUUCCAGCGUGAUUUCCCUCCUCCUUCGAACCGUCCCCGGGGCGUUCUACUAAUCGUGGAUCGCUCCAUGGACGUCUUUGCGCCUCUUCUCCACGAGUUCACCUACCAAGCCAUGGUGCACGAUCUUUUGCCAAUUAAGGAGGGAGACAAGAUCACUUACAAGACGGUACUCAACGAGGGUAAGCCAAAUGAAGAGACAAAGGAGAUGGAAAUUGGUGAGCAUGAUAAGGUCUGGGUUGACUAUCGACAUAUGCACAUGAAGGAUGUGCUUGGAAAGCUAGGCGAGGAUUUUGCCAAGUUCAGAGCAGCAAACCCUCAAUUUUCCGAAGAAAGCGAGAAAAUCAACGUGGGCACUCUCAAAGACAUGCUCGUUGGAUUGGAUGAAUUCACUGAAGGCAAAGCCGCAUAUACUCUGCACUUGAACAUGGCAGAGGAAUGUAUGAAAUUCUUCCAGGACCGCAAGCUGCUGGAGGUCAGCUCCAUUGAGCAAUCUUUUGCCACUGGCCUCGACGAAAACUACAAGAAGGCCAAGAACCUUGCUGUUCAACUGGUGCAAUUGCUGGAUGACGAGACCGUCGUUGCUCCAGAUCGACUUCGGCUGAUUCUCUUGUACAUCAUGUAUCGGGGUGGGUUGCUGGGAGGUGAUAUCCGAAAGCUCAUGGCGCACUCACAACUCCCUGGGCAAAAUGGUGAAGUUAUCGCCAAUCUUGAACUUCUCGGUGUUCGUGUAGAAAAGCCUCUCAAGGACGAGAAGCCCGCUGUUCAACCACUAUUCAACCGACGAAACCCGGCUCCUGAGUCAGAGGAACUCAGCCUGGCCCGGUAUGAAUUGGCAAUGAAGCAGAUGCUCGAGGAACAAAUCAAAGGCACUUUGGACUCUCAGACCUUUCCCUUCACAAGGCCACACACAGACAGCGAUGGGGCGAUGGCUGCUCAGGAGAUGCUCUCCCAGCAAGCAUCAUUGCGCAGUGCCAAACCGACCUGGGCGCGCACACGGACUGUUGACCAACCCCGUCAACGCAUCAUCGUCUUCAUGGCCGGAGGGGCCACCUAUUCCGAAGCACGCGCUUGUUAUGAAAUUUCCCAAUCCCACAACCGAGAUGUUUUCCUCGCUACGAGUCACAUGAUGACUCCGGCACUCUUCAUGCGCCAGGUUGGGGAUCUCAGCGUUGAUAAACGUCGUCUGGACAUUCCUGCCGAGCGACCAAAGCCGAAGGCUCCAGCCCACCUGUUCGAGCGAGAAGCACCCUCACCACCGCCCGCGCAAUCACAGAAGAAGCCCAUAUCUCCUCCCAACCUCAACCCUCCAGUCCCCCCUGGCGAUAUGAUGGCAAAAAUGUCUCUGAACAAUGGAUCAGCCUCUUCGUCGAGUGGAAAGCUACACAAGAAGGACAAGGAGAAGAAAGACAAGGACAAGAAGGAUAAGGACAGCAAGAAAUACCGAUUUUUUAAAUAA